AUGGCGCCAUCUCGGACUGGCUCAGCCCAAGACACCGGUCAAGCCCCGAGGCCCAACAUCUACCUUCUCGAAGUCUUCCCAGAAGCCGCAGUCAAGUACUGUCAGACCCUCUUUGACACCGUUCUCAACACCGACCCAGAGGUUGAGAAUUGGCGCGACAAUGCAGACGCAAUCCUCGUCCGCGAGAAGAUCAUCACAGCCCAGGACAUAGCCUCGGCCCGGAGGCUCCGCGCAAUCGGGAAGCAAGGGACGGGCAUCGACAUCAUCGACAAGGAGGCAUGCGACGCGCGAGGCAUCGCCAUAUGCAACACGCCCGGCGUGAACGCGCAGUCCGUGGCGGAGCUGGUCCUGGCCCUGACCAUGGCCGCGGCCCGCCAGAUCCGCACCGUCUCGGUGAAGCAGCUCGACGGGGCCGAGGUCAGGAAGGAGCACUGCAUGGGCGUCAUGCUGACGGACAAGCCCAUCGGCAUACUGGGCAUGGGGGCUAUCGGCACGGCGGUGGCGCGCAUGUUCCGGGGCGCUUUCGGCUCGACGGUCUGGGCCUACGACCCCUUCGCGCCGGCGGAUGCGUGGAGUGACAUCCCGCACACGAGGGUCGACAACUUUGAGGAUAUGCUGCCCCACGUGGACAUGCUGACCCUGCACGUCCCGUUGACGCCCGAGACCAGGGGGCUGAUUGGGUUGAAGCAUCUGCGUGCUAUGAAGCCGACUGCUAUACUGAUCAACGUGGCCCGAGGCGGGAUCGUCGACGAGGCCGCUCUCUUGCGGGUGCUGGAGGAGGGCCAUCUCUUUGGCGUGGGGCUCGACUGCCAUGACGAAGAGCCGCCGACCUUGCAACGUUACAAGUCAUUAUGGGAAACCGGGAGGGUCAUUAGUACACCACACAUUGGUGCAGCAACUCGCGAGACGGUGGUGCGAACUGCCACGGCGGCCAUGGACAAUGGAAAACACAAAGAUCAACAACUGUGGAGUCACUACCUUGUCUGGGGAGAAGUGCGCCAGUUCCAAUAUCUGAAGACCAGCGACGAGUCUUUCAACUCUCGCUUUGGCCCUACCAGUUACGUAUGCAAGUUGUGUCGCGAAAGGAAGAUCAAGUGCUCAGGUGUACAGCCUUGCAAAUACUGCACAAAGAGGAAUCUGACCUGCGUCUACCCCGAUAAUGCUAAGCGGAAGAUGUACUCUGUCGAGUACGUGCAGAAGCUCGAGCAUGAAGCAGCGAAUCACCAGCGAAUCAGAUCUCUUUCCCAAGCAGAUGGUUCGCCAUGUCACAGCGAUCUGGAAUCAGAAGUGUUCCCCCAUGCCAAGGCAUCUACCUUGGGCGUCCGACACUGGGCCUCCGGCAUGGGCACUCUGACUGGACUGCAAGACAUGGCUGAGCCUACGGGAAUGUUCGAAGUAAAGUCGACAGAACUGCCGUCAAGGGAUGCGGCUGGAGAGAACGAUGAGGAAGACUCGAGUUCGUCGCGCCCUAUCAAGCAACUCAGUGACUACUUCGAGCCUCCACUUCAGCCAUCAGGUCCAGUCGCUUCACAAACAAUCUCCCGCUGGUACUCUCAUAUCCUCCCCUACAUACACGGACAAUGCGAUGGCGCCCGACGACGUGUACGAUAUCAAGGCCCUCCGGUCGAUUUCGAUGCGGGCGACCUCUGGCAUCUCGAAUUGGCGCUGGUGUUUGCUCUUGGAUACCUGCUGCAAGGAGAAUCAAAGGACCACACUAGCAUCCCUGGAGCGCAGCUCUACGUCGAGGUAGAGAACCGUCUGCCUGGGGCAGCGGCUCUUCGGAGGCAGGGGAUGGUCGCUAUUGAGAUUCUCGGUCUCAUGGCGUUUUAUCUCCAAUGCGCAGAUCGCAGGGACGAUGCUUACAUUUACGCAGGUCCCUCUCCUCCGCAGGAACCCCGAGCUAGCUCUGACAGAGACAAAAGGAGACUUGCAGCCGCCACCGGCAACCCUCUCUCUUUCCACGACGAUACCAUCUCGACAGACCUUCCGCAAGAGUCCCCUGGGUUCACAUCGGUCGGUGCUCUCAUCGUGAACAUACGGCUAGCACGGACAACAGGGGAGAUCACGAAUGGUACGCCUCUCCAGAAAAUGCAGAUCUGCCUUGACAUGCAACUCAUCUCCAGGCUAGCGAUCUACAGCCAGCGGGAUAGAUCCCUUAGGUGCUACGUCUCUGCGGUGCAGCGUCUUCUCAAGGACCUGCUCGGCGUGGCCAACUCGAUACCUCCGGAAUACAUGGUCGAUUUCUCCAGGCCACUCAUUCUUUCCAGGACGGCGGCGACGCUUUACCUUAUGCUCUAUCAGUGCAUUAUUCUCCUGACAAGGCCAACAUUACUUCACCUCGCAAAACCAAAACCCAGCAAUCAGACAAUCGGCAGUCAAGAAACUAGAUCGGUCCUCGAGAAGUUCUCUGACACCUGCAUCGAAGCCGCCAGUCGGAGCCUCGAGGUCCUGGAGGCCAUGGUUACACAAAAGCUCAUAAGUGCCUUUGGCUUCUUCGACCUCGACGCCGUCUUCUCCACAGCCUUUGUGUUCGCCCUCGCAGAGAAGGUGUAUCCCGGCAAAGACAAGUCCGGGAGCGCCGCCGGGUGGCGGAUGGCCGGCGCGUGCCGGAUCCUGCGGCACCUGAUCGCCUGCGGGAACCGGGCGGCGGCGAAGCGGUACCUGGACCUGAAGCAGAUGUGCGAGACCCUGGGGACCUCGUUCGACGACGGGAACGAACCGCCGCGCUGGCCGGCCACAGCAGCAGCAGCAGGAGCGGCCACCGAAGGGGUGGUUCCGCUCAGAGAUUCAGAGCCGGGUCCUGGAGAGUGUGUCCCAGGUGCUGAUGCGGGCCAUGGCGGAGUUGGCAGCGGCCGGGGAGAACAGCAGUACUCUUCUGCUACUGCUGCCGAUGCUGCAGCAGAGCCCGGCCUGCCGCGGUUCGACUGGGGCCAGGCUGCGAGUGUGUUCUUCGGGCACGAGCCGCCCGGGCUGCCGGACCGCGCGGAGGACGCGCCGUACGCCUUUGGGUUUGGCGGGGAGGAGUGCGGCGACACCAUCGGCUUCGGGGACGACGACUUUGCGCUCACCGGAGUCAUCGAGACGGACUGGGAGGAACUCAGCAGGCAGAUUGCUAUCUCGAUGCCCCCUUCUCCCCGCUAG